AUGGAAGUGAAUAAAUCAUUAGAACAAAUUUAUGAGAAAGCAAGAGGAUAUACUUCCACAAUUGAAGCUGUAUAUCAAGGUACAAGUCAUGGUCUUUCUGAAGCUCAAUUAUUAGGUGAUCUUUUAAAACUGUUGGCUGAACUCCCUCCAGACUUUCAUAUAUUUUGUGAUCCAGUUCUUGAACCCAUAUCCAUAUUUUGUCUUACCAUAUUCUCAUUCAAUGAACAAGAAACUGCCCAAUGGUUGAAAAAUAAGUAUAGUCCAAUUCUUUCCGCCUGUGAUAAGUGUAUCCAGGUAUUUGCCCGUGGCAAGUGCAAAAUGCUCCAACAUUUUGCUAUCAAGAGGCAGGUACCACAUGAACAUGUAGCUAAGUUCAAUGAUCUAGUAUGUUUAUGGAGAGUGGAAUCACUUCUCCCUAUGUUAACAAGUGUUUCAAAAAAUACCGAAAAUGGCAUAUCUAUUAGCAAAGAAGUUGAACUAGCUAUGUUUGAAUGCUUGUGUAAUCCACAUGUCUUAAGACUAAAUAAGGAUUUCAAGGCUACAUUCGAUGCAAUUUUCAAAUAUUUUUAUGAUACCAAAUAUUGGCUUUUAGACCCUAAUUCCCCAAACUCAAUCAAAAAGUUGAUAGCGGGUGUGAUAUACUGUUGGUGCGAAGGGACUCAAGAACAGAUGUCAUGGUCAUUAUUAUUAUUGACAGAAUUACAUAGGAAAAACUUUUCCAUUUGUGCAUCGGAACUGAAAGCUGAUAUAUUAGACGAGGUUUCAAUCCAUGUUUUAUUUUUACAGAAUCCCAGCAACUGGAACGAUUUUGUUGUCUCCCAAUUUUGGAGUAGACUCAUACCUAUCUUCAAAUUGUUUAAUGCUGAUGUUUUUGAAGAGUAUUUCACUGUCCCAAAAGACAUUGAAUCAUUAAAAAAGACCUUCACAUUUCCCAUAGAGUCCAUUUUUAUGCUUUGGUACAAACAUUUAGCAAAGACUUACAAUGAUAAACCAUUAGACUUUUUAUUGCGGGCCUUAAGUAUAUUUCUAGACAAAUUUGAUGCUAAUUUCUGGUCAAAGUUGGAACCAUAUACUUUCCACAACAUUUUAGAUCUUAUAUUUGAUAAAAAUGCAUUCACCACCAAACUUAUAAAGAUUCAGAACAACAAAAUUCCGGAAAACACCAUUGGUAGUUAUUUUUCACUGCAAGGUACAGUAACCGAUUUACUAUCGUGGACACUUCCAUUCUAUCACUCCUUAUCCGUAUCAAAGAGGAUCCAAAUGGUCAAAAAAGUGUCGAUGGCAUUUUUAAGAGGCAUAGCAAAUAAUUCAAAUUUGAAAUCUGUGCCAAAAGGUUGCCUGAUGAAUGCAUCAACAGCACUUCUAAGAGCUGUUUUAACAAUCAAAGACGAAGACAGAGCUCGUUUAUACACAACAGAUGACUUCAAGACUGUUCUAUUCACCAAAACUGAUUCGAGAAAUCUCUUGAACAAUCCUCUAAUCCAAGAUAUUGUCAUUAAGUCUGCUACAAAACCGGCAGAAUUCUGCCCAGGGCUAGGAAACUCUAUUGACUCAGUUUCUACGUCGUCAAUGAUGGUCCUAGCAAAGUCUAUCGAUUUUGAUAUCUUGAUGCUCUGUAACAGAACAUUCAGACUUUACUCUAAUAAAUCAAUAAAUGAAAUUCCACUACCGUUGAACCUUUUAAAAAACGUUACUGACAAUAUUGAUUUGAGAUCAUUUCACGAUGGACCAUUGCUAGCAAAGCAACUCUUGAUCAGUUUCAAGAACAUUAAUGGUCUUUUGACGAUUCAGUCAUCAUCGGCAGUAAUUCAAAAACAUAAUGACAUUGUAAAUGAAUUUUUGCAUUAUUCGACCAAGCUAAUAGAAAAGUUUGCAGAUAUUCUUCCAAAUCAGCUAUCAGACAUAUUAUGUGAUAGGGAGGCAGCGCAAGGUUUCUGGUCAUGCAUUUUCUCUUCUGACACCAGACUAUAUCAGGCUGCUACUAAUAUUUUGUAUGACACUUUUGAUGUGGAAGGAAGAUUAGAAGGUAUUCAAGCUAUUCUUAAUAGAAAUCUAGAGUUCCAUUUAAGAGCAAUAGAUUCUGUUUUAGAACAGCUAAUUCAAUGUGAGUUCUACGAACCCUGUCCUAGGGCAAUAAGAGUCCUGAUGGAUGUAAUAAGCUGCUUCGCAGAUCCAGUUACUGGAAUUAUUUCAAACUAUUCUUCUCUAAAAAAUGAACAAACAGAUAAAGAAGUUGAAAAAUGUUGGCAAUUAUGCUGGUAUUUCCUCGACACAAUAUACCGAUGCACUCUCAAGUGGGCGUCCAAGUACGAGUAUUCAGAAUUAGAAAAUUUUACUAAGGAUACUCUAGAUUUAAGCCGCUCUUUAAUGGACUCUUAUAGAGAAUUCUCAGAUAUUCUCGUUGAUAGCCAAGCAGAUCUGUUUACCAGUGUUUUAAAAGCCUUCAAAAACAUGCUUUACUGGCUACGUUUAAGUGAUGAGGCACUUUUGGAAUCUUGCGUCAGAUUGAUUAUCAGCACAUCUGACUUGGCUUUCGAAAAAAAUGUAAAGUUCGAUGAUUCAUUGAUCGAAGUAAUGGCAAGCUAUGGGGCGAGGGCUAAAAAAUACUCCAACAAACUAUCUGAACAGCAAGCUGGUGAAAUUUUGACAAAGACGAAACUCUUCAAUAAGGAACUUACAGAAAGAGUUAUACAGGAUGCCGACAACUAUCGUAGAGAGAAAGAAAUGAGCAAAGUGAAAGCCUCCUCACUUGCUGCACCACAAACCGGAAUGAGCCUCAACAUAAAUGCUACCUCAAAUAUGGAAACAAGGGCGGACUUUUUACAAAGAAAGGCUCUCUCUUCUUCCAUAACUGGUAAGCCUAGACCGGGACAAUCAAAAAUUACCUCUUUUGGUGUGUUUCAACCAGGCGCUCCUUCGAGAUUAAAAAGUGCUAAACAGCAGAAACCUUUGUCUAAAAUGGAACUAGCGAGAAGACAACUAGUAAGUAACAGGGUUGUUCAUCCUCCAAGUAGCUCAAUCUUCAAUACAAAACCGCAGAUUCAUGUAAAAUCCGGAAACAGCAGCAGCGAAGAGAGUGACGAUGAAGGUGAUCUCGAAAGUGCAAGGGAACUAUUUGCAUCUGCAAAAGCAAAGGGAAAAGUUAUCGAAACAUUAGAUAUCAACGGCAAGGUAAUCAAAAAGGAUACAAAGGCAGAACUUGCAAAACGAGCCGAAGAGUACAUGAGAAGAAGGCUAAAUGUAGAUUUGAAUCCAUUGUAUGAAAUUAUUCUUCAGUGGGAUUACAAUAGACAGCAUGAUUAUCCCGAUGAUGCAGAAAUCGAAUUUUAUUCAGAUGUUGCUGACCACUUCGGUUCAGUUACCUCGUAUCAGAAAGUAUUGCGACCAUUGUUACUACUGGAAUGUUGGCAAGGGCUUUGCUCUUCCCGUGAUAGAACUGAAAACAUGCCUUUCACCAUGGUUGUCGGUAAUAGAACAGCCGUUUCAGAUUUUUAUGAAGUAUAUGCAUCCGUUUCGAAAGUCAAACUUCAAGCUUGUGGAAUUUCAGAAGCUGAUCUCAUAGUUCUGGCAUUCUUGCCUUACGUAAGGGGAAAUGCUGAGGUAAACAACAGCGAUUUCCGAAAAGCAGAGAAUACAUGUCUUGCCAAAGUGAAGUCCAUAAAAUAUACGAAGAACAAUAAUGUCGACCUCACAAUUAGAGUUCACAGGAGCCAUAACUUUUCGAAGUUUUUGACAUUAAGAUCUGAAAUUCAUGCUGUCAAGGUUAUGCAAAUGACUACAGUCGAAAGGGAGUACCAAACUUUAGAGGGUCUUGAAUAUUAUGAUUUGGUAAGCCAAAUCUUAUCAGCCAAACCAUCUCAGGCGCCCGCAGUUUCAAAAGAAGAAGUUGAAAGAGUGAAGGAUAACUAUAAGCUGAAUACUUCUCAAGCAGAAGCUAUCGUUAAUACAGUAUCGACUGAAGGGUUUUCACUUAUCCAAGGCCCUCCGGGGACCGGUAAAACGAAGACAAUUCUUGGGAUUAUAGGUUACUUCUUAUCAACAAGAAGUUCAAGUCCAUCUAACGCUAUUAAAGUGGCUGCGGAGACCACAACUCUCAACAUUGAACAGCUAUUAAAAAAACAAAAAAUAUUGAUUUGUGCGCCAAGUAAUGCUGCUGUCGAUGAAAUUUGUAUUCGUCUGAAAGAGGGAGUGUACGACAAGAAUGGGAAGGUCUUUAAACCAAAUCUAGUACGUGUGGGAAGAUCUGACGCUGUAAAUAUAGCGAUAAAGGACUUAACGUUGGAAGAGAUUGUAGAGAAAAAGGUUGCUCAAAAGAACUACGAGUUCACCCAAAAUCCCGAGUUGGACCGUAAUUUCAAUACUAUGGUAGCAAAGAGGAGAGCAUUAAGAGAAAAACUGAAUAAUGAGAACGGCUCCGUAACAAGCACCCUAUCUACUGAUGAUAUAGCAAAACUCCAGCUAGAGAUCAGAGAAUUGAGUAGACAAUUGAAUGUUCUUGGGAAAGAAAGAGAUGAGAUUCGUGAAAGGAACUCAGUCAACUAUAGAAAUAGAGAUUUAGACAGACGUAAUGCCCAAUCGCAGGUUCUUGCAUCUAGUGAUAUUAUUUGUGCAACCCUUUCCGGUUCUGCCCAUGAUGUUCUUAUAUCACUGGGUGUCAAAUUUGACACGGUCAUCAUCGAUGAAGCUUGUCAAUGUACCGAGUUAUCGUCUAUAAUACCGUUGAGAUAUGGAGGUAAACGUUGUAUCAUGGUGGGCGACCCAAAUCAACUACCUCCAACAGUGGUAUCAGGAGCUGCUAGUAAUUUCAAAUACAAUCAAUCUUUAUUCGUUAGAAUGGAAAAAAAUACCACGCCUUAUCUAUUAAAUGUACAGUAUCGUAUGCACCCUGCAAUUAGUUACUUCCCAUCGUCGGAAUUCUAUGGAGGUUUGUUGAAAGAUGGCCCAAAUAUGGAUGCUAUAAAUCAAAGGCCAUGGCACAAUACACCUCCAUUGACACCCUAUAAAUUUUUCAACAUCGUGAGCGGUCGACAAGAACAAAACUCCAAAACAAUGUCUUAUACCAAUAUAGAAGAAAUAAAAGUUGCAAUUGAAUUGAUUGAUUAUCUUUUCAGAAAUUUUGACCAGAAAGUUAACUUCAAGGGUAAAAUUGGUAUCAUUUCCCCCUAUCGUGAACAAAUGCAAAAAAUGAGAAGAGAAUUCGUGGUAUACUUUGGUGCUUCUAUCAAGAAUUUCAUCGAUUUUAAUACCAUUGAUGGUUUUCAAGGUCAAGAGAAGGAAAUCAUUAUUAUAUCAUGUGUUCGUGCUGAUGAUACGAGCUCAAGUGUCGGCUUUCUGAAGGAUUUCAGGAGAAUGAAUGUUGCAUUCACCAGAGCAAAAACUAGUAUGUGGAUUUUGGGACAUCAAAAAUCAUUAUACAAGAACAAAUUAUGGAGAAAUUUAAUUGAUGAUUCUAGCAGAAGAGACUGUAUGGAAACUGCCUAUUCAGGCUUUUUAUCUGGCAAUAAAAGUAUAACAUAUGGAAAGACGUCAAAAGAACGUUUCCAUUCGAUAGAUGAAGAUAAUGAUAUAUAUGAUCCUAAUUCACAGCUUCCAAGCUACACAGCGGAAAAAAGGGAAUUUCAAGAAGAUAGUUCCACCUUUGAACCUGCUAGAAAGAGAGCAAAAGAUGUACAACAUGACUCCGCAUUGAAAAAGGUUAAAUCAAAGAAGAAAGACAAAAAGGAUAAGAAGGACAAAAAAGAUGGGAAGGAAAAGAAGAAUAAAUCAGUCAAAAAAUCUGACGAUACUACUGGCGAUAAAGAAAAUAUUGAAAAACAAAAGAAGAAGGUAAAGAUAACCAUAAAUGGCGAGGUCUCAGGGACUAGGAAAAAGUCCGCUAUUUUUGGCAAUACAGCUUUCGAUACUAAUACAAGUACGAGAGGAUUGUAUAUAAACGAUCACAACAAGAAAAAUAAUAAGCAAGCCAAGGAAAAGAAGAGGCACAUUUCAUUUUCUGAACAUUCGACAGUAAUACCUGAUAGCGGUGAGCUUAAAAAGCUGGCACCGUCCAGUAGCAUUCCAGUUCCCAACAAAAAAGCAUCAAAGAAGUCUUAUGAAUCUUCCGCAACGGAAGAAAAGAAGGAAGAGAGCGCCCAUGAUAAUGACAGUGAGGACGACUACUCCCCAUCUUUACCAUCCACUCAUGUAAGUGAGAGAAGAGUGACUGAAGAGGACCAAAACCCAUCUGGUGCAUUGUGCGAUAGUAAAAAGGCGGGAGAAAUCGUGAGGGCAAACUCCGCUUUAAACCCAUCAGGAAAUGUUACCAUUUAUGAAAGUCGUAAUACUAGAAAUACUGGACAUACAUUCAAUCCUGCUAUCCCGAUUACUGAUACAAAAUCAAAUAACUAUCCUAUACAGAAAGCCACGACUGAUUAUACAGAGUUGGAGAACUCCUCAGACUCUUAUGAGCCGGCAGAAUUGACGGGUGAUCACGCUGACAAAAUUAAAACCUCAGAACACCAAUGUGCACAAUCAUCAACUAUCCAAGUAAAACCAUUGGAAAGACUAUCUCAAAAAAGUUCUCUAAAUGAACAAAAUGCGCCUUCAAUUUCGCCACAACAAAAGCCACAGGUGGGAUCGUCAGACCAAUCCAGUGAUAAAAAUGCAUCUCACCGAUUGGCAGCUGCAAACAAUGGAGCUGGCGGAGCCAGGCCUAUUGGUAGAAAGACCUCUUCGUCAGUUUUCAUUCCUAAAAAGAAAAGACCUUUCAAGUAA